GUUGCCGUUUUGUUGUCAGGUCGUGCGCUCGCGUUUCGCUCAGUUCGCGUUGUCGGGAAAAAUUAAUUCGAAGAUGUAAAGCGCUGAGGAUAUCUAUCAGCUCCAUCCACGCAACACAACCAAAGAGGCUCGAGAGGCCCCUGGAAACCAAAGACUAAGUGCCCAGAGCAUACAGAGGUUGCCCUCUACAACCUCGAAGCCACACAACAUAUAAGCCACAAGCAAUGACUGCCAACAGCCUACUGGGCCGAUCCUUACUUAAUGAAGGACGUUCCAACAAACGUUCAUUAGUCUCACUGAUUGUCGGCCUGGUCGUUGGCUUCUGCCUGGCCGAGCUGUUCGUCUACUCAUCCACGCCGGAACGUGGCGAGUUUGUGCCCUACGAUGGCCAUCGGCAUGGCGAUGUCAACGAUGCCCAUCACAGUCACGACAUGCUGGAGCUGUCUGGCCCCGAGCAGGACAUCGGCACGCACGAACACUCAAACGAGAACACAAGCAUUGCCGAGAAAUUGCAUAGCGAAGUGCGCAUUCUCUGCUGGAUUAUGACAAAUCCCUCCAAUCACAAGAAGAAGGCGCGCCAUGUGAAGCGCACCUGGGGCAAGCGAUGCAACAAGCUGAUCUUCAUGAGCUCAGCCAAGGAUGAGGAGCUGGAUGCUGUGGCCCUGCCCAUUGGCGAGGGUCGCAACAAUCUGUGGGGCAAGACAAAGGAGGCCUACAAAUACAUCUACGAGCAUCAUAUCAACGAUGCGGACUGGUUCCUCAAGGCUGACGAUGACACCUAUACGAUUGUGGAGAACAUGCGCUAUAUGCUAUAUCCCUAUAAUCCAGAGACGCCCGUCUAUUUUGGCUGCAAGUUCAAGCCAUAUGUCAAGCAGGGCUAUAUGUCCGGUGGAGCUGGCUACGUGCUCAGUCGCGAGGCAGUGCGUCGCUUCGUAGUGGAAGCCUUGCCCAAUCCCAAGCUAUGCAAAAAGGAUAACAGCGGCGCCGAGGAUGUUGAGAUGGGCAAGUGCUUGGAGAAUGUCAAAGUGGUGGCUGGUGAUUCCCGUGAUGCUAAUGGCCGUGGGCGCUUCUUUCCAUUUGUGCCGGAGCAUCAUUUGAUACCCUCGCAUACGGACAAAAAGUUCUGGUACUGGCAGUACAUCUACUACAAGACAGAUGAGGGUCUGGAUUGCUGUUCGGAUUAUGCUAUAUCAUUCCACUAUGUCUCGCCCAAUCAAAUGUACGUGCUCGACUACUUGAUAUAUCAUUUGCGUCCAUAUGGCAUAGUUAACAGGCCAGAUGUGCUGCCCAAUAAGCUGGCGCUGGGCGAACUGAUGCCAGUGCCCAAAGAGCCCAAGGAGACCGAGGAGUCCAAGCCACCGGAGGAGUCGAAUACGACCGAAGCGGAAAAGGAAGCACAAUGAUUUCAGCUCGAUGCUAUGGCCUGUAUAUAGAACUUGUGUAAAUAUCCUUCGAUCGACUCAGAUCCAACUCAGCUUAACAUACUUUGCCAUUUCCAUAUGUUGUCUCUUGUAUUAUUAGUUGAAUUCGCUUAGGCUACGUUUAUGAAAAUGCUCUUGAGUUGUACAAAAAAAGUAUGAAAAACAUAAAUAAAUACCAAAAAAAGUAUAAAAAACAGCAACAAGCACUCAGUUAGAUUAGUUUGUAAAGAAGUCUGCGCAAUUAUGGUUUAUAAUAAAUAUACUUAUAAGAUUUAAAUAGACAUUCAAAUUAAGUAUUCAUAAUGCAUAUGGCACAUAAUUACUUUCUAAGACAAUGCUAAUAAAAUAUGCAUAAAUAC